UGUGCCUUUUCUACAUAUAUAUAUACGACCCAACCUUUGAAAUGUAAAAUCGUUUACCCUUAUAACCAUCUCUUGACCUUAGCAAUCACUCGGUACCAACAACUCCAACUAAAUUCUCACACGCUCUCUUUCUCCCUCUUAUAGAAUUUCGAGAGUGCGUAAAAUACUAAAAUGUAAUAAGAGUAAGAACUAGUACAACCCUUUUCAUCCGCCAAAAAUUAACAUAUGUAUAUAAAUAUACAACAUUACCAUUUACCAAACUUUCAUCAUGCAUAUAAUACUCGUCAUCAAGAAUUCCUACUCUUCUCUCUGACAAAGAACACAAAGUAAGUAAGAAUGGUACAGACGAAGAAAUUCAGAGGUGUCAGGCAACGCCAUUGGGGUUCAUGGGUCGCUGAGAUUCGUCAUCCUCUCUUGAAAAGGAGGAUUUGGCUGGGGACGUUUGAGACUGCGGAUGAGGCAGCAAGAGCCUACGACGAGGCCGCCGUUUUAAUGAGCGGCCGCAACGCCAAGACCAACUUCCCCCUCAGGAACAACAGCACCAUAGACACGUCUGAGAGCAAAACCGACAUUUCAGCCUCAGCCUCUGCAUCUUCAUCACUCUCUUCCAUCCUCAGCGCCAAACUGAGGAAAUGCUGCAAGUCUCCUUCGCCAUCACUCACCUGCCUCCGUCUUGACACGACCAGCUCCCACAUUGGUGUUUGGCAGAAACGCGCCGGUUCCAAGUCUGAUUCCAGUUGGGUCAUGACGGUGGAGCUUGGCCCCGCCGGCCCCUCCCAUGAGCCUACUAGAAAAGCUUCACUAGACGAUGUUGGUCUGGCCACUGAGGUUGGCGACGGCGAAGAAGAAGGUGCAAUGGACGAGGAAGAGAAGGUUGCUUUGCAAAUGAUAGAGGAGCUUCUCAAUACAAACUAAAUAAUAUUUGCUUAUUUAUAAUAUAAACCUAUUGUAUUGCUGAUUUACAGCCAUAAUUAUCAAUUAUACCCUAAUGUUUAUACAUCGUGUUUAUAUUUACAUGUGUUAUAUAUUGUAUCCUCAUUUUAUGUCCAAUAAAAUAUUAGUAUUUGUAACUACAAUCCAGGAACCCAUUUCCUUUAAUUUGCAUUUUCUGGUACUCUUAUAAUUACUUUUCUAUAAAAUAAA